AUGGCGAAUCGAAGGCAGCCUGCAACCACUGCGCCGACACCACAGCCCAAGUUCGCGAUCACACUCGAAGAAUGGGAAGCGAAAGCACCUCUGGGAGAGCUUGAGAUGCGCAGUGUCAACCUCCUGAAAUCCGCCAGCGAGAAUGCUGCAUUGCCUGUGAAGUUUAGUACUAUUGACUCCGGCCCUUCGUCUCGCCCCGCGUCGCCGUCGCUCCGGAACAGGCUUGUGGGCACACCUCGUUCAGGGACACCCGUUGGGAACGUGUCCACGCGUGCGUCCGCCGGCAGCUCGCUGCACCCCAAACACCCGAUUCAGACCCCACAGCAAUUCUACGACUGGUUUGCAUUGAUUGAUCGCUCGGUAACGCACAGCCAGGAGGCCCACUUUCGCGCACACCUCGCGAGCGUGGCGGAGCAUUUGGAAACAUGCGACGCGCUCGUGCAGUGGAUAGACGAGAUUGAUUUGGAGGUAGAGAGUAUGCUCCAGGGCUGGAGAAGUGUGGAGGAGGGUGGGAAGAGUUUGAAGGAUGCUUGCGAGGAAUUGUUGGAAGAGAGGGAUCGCCUGCUGGAGAUGACUGAAGCUAUCGGCACGCGUCUAGAAUACUUCCAGGAACUCGAGCAGGCUACUCGGAUGCUCAAUCAUCCUGGUGAAUCCCUAGUGCUGCAGACCGACUUCCUCUACAUGGCUGAGCGCGUCGACAUAUGUAUUGACUACUUGAAAGCUCAUCGGCAUUUUAAAGAGGCAGAGAUAUACCUCCUGCGGUUCCAACAGUGCAUGACGAGAGCCAUGACCCUGAUCAAGAUGUACUUCGUCGGAUCCCUCAGAGCCCUUGUCGCGGACGUCACCAAGAGGAUAUCGGAGAAGGACGUGUCCACCACAGCACAGCGCCACUUGCUCUACACAAGGUUCAUCACCGUCUCUAGCCAGCUUGCGCCAUUGCUAGCCGAACUUGAGCGACGUGCAGAGGCUCAUCCGGAGGAACUAUCCUCCCUACUUGCCGAAUGCCAUUCGGCGUACUUCGCAGCUCGCAAAGGGUUGCUUGUUCCUCGCCUGGUCGAGGAAAUCAAGGGUCUUGAUCCGACGCGGACUGAACUGGUGGAACUGACGAGGGCAGGCUGCAGCUAUCUGAAACAGUUGUGUACCGAUGAGUUUGACCUCUUCCGGCAAUUCUUUAACUCGGGAGAAGAGCAACUCUACCAGUACCUCGAGAAUCUUUGCGAUUACCUGUACGACGACCUCCGGCCUCGCAUUCUACAUGAGCCCCGCUUGACCGCGCUUUGCGAAGUAUGCACCGUGCUCCAAGCGUUGAUGGUUCUAGAUAUCCCCCAUCUAGAUGAAGACGAGGACGAUAACCUAAAUCUUGACUUUGAUAGACCGUCCGGUCAUCGUGGAUUGCGCACGCUGCAUAUUAGUCACUUGCUGCAGAUGGUGUUGCAGGACGCUCAAACUAAGCUGUUCUUCAAGGCCCAGUCCGUCAUACAGUCCGAAAUCAGGUACUACGUACCCAAGCCAGAGGAUCUGGCCUAUCCAGACAAAUUGGUCGCUGCGCGCAAACCUGUCUCGGGCACAGAGAUCAAGGAGAAAGAGAGUUUUAGUCAAUUGUUUCAGCUAAAGUCCCUCGACAGACAGGAAACGUGGUACCCCACGCUUCGGCGGACUGUAUGGGUCCUGUCACAGCUACACGAUUUCGUCAAGCCUGCUAUCUUUGACGACAUUGCCCAAGAAGCCGUCAACUUGUGUAGACAAUCCCUCGUCAACGCCGCUGACACGCUGAAGUCGAAGAACCCGCCGUCAUCCAUCCUCGAUGGCCAGCUGUUCCUUGUGCGGCAUGUGCUCAUCCUCAAGGAGAUAACCCAAAACCUUGAUUUCGCAUCAAGAGAACCUGAACGAGUAGUUGACUUCACUGGAGUAACAGAUACGCUCGCGUCAAUACUGGGUAAGACCACGUCCCUGCUGCCCAAUGCGCUGUUCGCUUCGCUGGGAAUGCCGAGGGAAGAGAGUUUAGCGGACGUCAAACACGGCAUCGACCAUGAGUUGAAGCGGUCGUGCGAAGACGUGAUAACGUCCUGCGCAGACACGGUCUGCAGGUCACUGCGGGUCUGGCUCGAACGUGUCUCACAGCACAACGCGUUGCCGCAGAAGCAGCCGCUGACUGCGCAGGCGUGGGCGGCCGAAGCUGCCGUCUCUGCGCUUGUUUCGGGCUUCAGGGAGGCGUGCCUCAGGGACCUAAGGGCGGCCGUCGCGAGGCUCAAGCUGUAUCUCGAGGAAGACAGAACUGUUGCAGUACUCAUGAAGCACGUUCAAGAGAGGAUUGUGGACGAGUAUGCAGAGUUCAGGAGACUCGUCUGGAGUGAGUACGAUGGGCCGGUGAGGAGUGAAGUGAGCAACGAAGAGCCUCUGAGGGCAUUAUUGCAGGAAGCCUGUGGUUCUGAUACGGAGACUGCCGUGGAAGCUGGAGCUUCAACUAAAUAA